GAGUUUUUGCAACGGCGAAGGGCCCGUGGGUUUAUUCUAAGGCGGAGCUCGGCGCGAGAGGUGCGGCGGGAGCUGAGCGGAGCGCGGCGACGAGGACUCCCACCGCCCAGAGCGGGCAGCAGCCUCCGCCUCGGACCGCAGGAGCCGCUCCCCGCGCCCCGGAACCCCGCACGGUGCCCCCCGGUGCCGGCAGCAUGAGGCGCGCGGCGCUCUGGCUCUGGCUGUGCGCACUGGCGCUGCGCCUGCAGCCGGCCGUCCCGCAAAUUGUGGCCACAAAUGUGCCCCCAGAAGAUCAGGACAGCUCUGGGGAUGACUCGGACAACUUCUCUGGUUCGGGCGCAGGUUCCCUACCAGAUCUCACGCUGUCACGACACACAACCCCCACCUGGAGCACCCUGGGGCUCCUGUCAGCCAAGCCCACGGCUCCUGAGCCCACCAGCGUGGAUACCACCGUGUCCAUCUCGUCCGUAGCAGAGGGGCCUGUGCUGUUGGAGGUGGAUCCCGGCCUCACGGCGCUGGAGAAGGAGGCCGGCCACGUGCCUGACCAGCCCACGCAGCACCCGACCACCCCCCGAGAGGGGGCCAGAGUCAGAUCCACCGCGGCCCUGGGAACCGUCACCUCCCAGCCCCACAGGGGCACACGGCCCGUCUCCCAGGAGACCGCGGCCCCAUCAGCACCCGGCCAGCACGACCCUGAGGUUCACUACGUAGGGGACGGAGGCCCCGCUGUCACCGAGAAGGUGACUGAGGAAGGAGCGACCAGCCAGUUCCCAGGAGCAGAGGGCUCUGGGGAGCAGGACUUUACCUUUGAGACCACCGGCGACAACACAGCCGAGGCGGCCCCGGAGCUGGACAAGCGGGAUCGGUCCUCUAUGGGCCACGAGGCCACCGGGGCCUCCCAGAGCCUCCUGGACAGGAAGGAAGUGCUGGGAGGUGUCAUUGCCGGUGGCCUGGUGGGGCUCAUCUUCGCUGUGUGCCUGGUGGGCUUCAUGCUGUACCGGAUGAAGAAGAAGGACGAAGGCAGCUACUCCUUAGAAGAACCGAAACAAGCCAACGGGGGCGCCUACCAGAAGCCCAGCAAACAGGAGGAGUUCUACGCCUGAGGGAGCACCCCUCCCGCUGUCCCUGCCACUCGCUAGGCCCCCACUCGCCUCUUCCGUGAGGGACCCUGCGCCCCCCCUCCCCGACGCUCCCACCCUGAGCUGGGGGCCCCCCCCGCCAGGGGCAGGCGGGGCGUUUCUCUGCUUCUUUGACUUCUGCCUGGAGACUUGGGCGCCAAAGGACUCUCUCGCCUUUUGACUUUUCCAUCACCACCGCUGGCACCUGGCAUUUGCCACUCUCUGACUCAGUUUCUCCAAACUGGAACAGCCCCUCCCCAGCUCGACAGACAAAGGGGACCCCACGCCCCCUUGGGCCUGGAUGGGCCCCUGGGGCCAGACAAGGCCCCUGCUAAGGGCUGCCGUGCCUGUAGCACUUACUGGUACAGACCAACCGCUGUGGGGACAGGGAUGGCCGCGUGGUGGGGACCGGCCAAGCUCACCGGAAUCCACUCUGCUGUGUGGGGAAGUCUCAAAAUUUAGAUACUGACUUAUCUUUGCACAUGUUUCCUCUAGUUUGAUUUUUCUGUUUCUAGUCCCUAGGCUUCGCCCCUUCUGAGGUAAGUUAAGUGAGGUGACAUGGCCAGUCCUCUGCCAACUCGCUUCCCUCACCGACGGUCAGGAGACGGCACCAGGGAGAAGACACGGGUGUUUGAAUGAGGAGAAUCGAAUCUGGAAGCCCAAUGUCUACCCUGCAGUGGGUGCUGUCUGUGAGGGCGCGCAGCUGGGGGAGGCCCCCCCCCAAGGACUUGGCCAGCCCAUCCCGGCAACCAGGGCUUUCACAUCUGUGUCCAUGAGCUCAGGGCCACAGCCACACACCCUGCUAUGACACUGAGGAGAUGAGGCGUGUGAGGACGGAAUCCCCCAGCGCACCUCAGGCUGGGCCCUGAGGAGAGCGAGGACUGUGGGCAGCUGACGCGGAGGCCAGCCCAGAGACCCUCGCACUGACCCCGUCCUUCCCUGGGGGCCCGCCCCGUCUCUGGGGACACGCUCUCCUGGGAGGUGACGAGAGGAGUCCUGGGCACAGCUGGUGCUGCCCCAGGAAGAACCAGAUUCUCACCUCUGACUAGCUCCUGAGGCCCUGCCCUGGGCCAGAUUCAGGAAUAUUCCCAAAGAGUGAUAGGCUUUUGCUUUUGGCAAAACUCAACUUAAUCCAAUGGGUUUUUCCCUGUACAGUAGAUUUUCCAAAUGUAAUAAACUUUAAUAUAAAGUAGU